AUGGCGACUCUCACUCGUGAACAGCGACUUCACAUUCAAGAAUAUGCCGAUGCCGCUACCGCAAUUUGGCAGCAGAUUGUUAAAAAUCCCAACACCCCACCUUUUCAGGAGGCCAAAAAAUUCCUGGAUAAUGUUCCUAAGCUUUGUACACUUAUUUGUGGUCAUCGUGCAGCGGUUAGGGGAGCGUAA